UCGCGGCUACUAAAAUAACAGUUACUCUUGAGUUUUUAAAGAGCAGCGCUGUCAAAACCAAAUAUUAUUGUUUACAUCUGUAAUCAUUUUUCCUCUCAGAAUUGUUUUAAGCACAUAGUUUUAUUAAGUAAAUAGGGAUAUACAUAAUAUUUAUUGUUUGUGAUUGUUUUCAACAAGUUAAAUUAUAAUAUUGUACAUCUCGGGCAUAAUUUGGAGCAAAGGUCCGAUAAUGACUUUGGACUCGUAUGAUAAGCUACUGGGAACCGUCCUACAAGAGUACAAAAUUUUAGCAGAAUAUAAACGAUUACAAAACGAGGACCUAGGUGGUGUUUACGUGAUACCGUCAUUUGAGAAUAGUUUCUUAUGGUUCGGAGUAAUUUUUGUUCGCAGUGGUCCUUAUAAAGAUGGUGUUUUUCGAUUUACUCUAUCAUUAUCGGACAAGUUUCCCAACGAUUCAGAGGUUCCGACAGUGAUAUUUCAAAGCGAAACCUUCCACCCGUUGAUAUGUCCCUACAAUGGCAAGCUGGAGCUAGCGGAAGCUUUUCCUAGAUGGAAGAACGGCGACAACCACAUCUGGCAGUUACUCAAGUUUAUCCAGUAUGUUUUCUCCAGCUUCGACGAGUACAUGUCCUUGGCCGAGCAGAGUGCCAACAACGGUGCCCACGAACUGUACCACCAAUGUCGGUCUGAUUUCCUCCGAAAGGUGGAGGAAUGCACGCGACAGAGCCAAAAGCAGCUGUAUGACCCUGCCCCGGUGCAGGAUCGGAACUAUAUAGUGUUUGAGAAGUUUGAACAGGAGACGCAUGGUUCAGUGCUGGAUUCAAUCAAGCAGGGUCGAAACAACGAGGUCGCCACUCCGCCAUCUUCCGGCCUUUCUUGGGUUAAGGAAGGUGUGUUCCAACCACUCAGCAAACAAGUGGGGAUCGAAUAAACGGAUGUUCUUUUUUGGAUUUAUUCUGGAGAGGACAAGUAUCGUAAAUCGUGCUAAUAUUUAUUAUCUACGUGUGAAAUGUUGACGAACAAAUGGCAAUAAUAUUCAUUUAAAUAAGGAUAUUUUCUAUGAA